UUUGGCUGUGAGUAUUUGAGAAGUUUGUUAUUCCAAGUGGAACAUUUUGAAUUUUUAUUUCUAGUUGUGUUUACGGAUGAUUAGAUUUUGAAGUUCUUGGGAUCUAAAAAGCUCAGUUCUCUAAAUUAUAAAAUAAUAUUCAAUGAGAUAAUUCUUUUGACAUGUGCUGUCCUGGUUUUGUUAUUUUAUUACAGUAAUAAAUUACAAGACAUGGACGGAAAUUGAUUUUCCUCUUACACCAUUUUCGAAUGCCUAAAUGCCUAAGACAUGGUGUCACAGACAAGAUUGGAAUAUGGUUUCAUCGGCUACCAGGUGCCUGUGUUCCCUCGAGCUUCUAGAUCAGCAAGGGUUAGGGUGCCAAAUAGGAAGAAAAGUGGGAACAAUGAGAAACAUGCUUUCGAAAUUUUGGUUAGUGUAGCCGGUGAUUUUUUGCAGGAAGGUGAAACUUUUGUGCCUCCUAACUGUAAAAAGGAUCAGCAAAAUGCUUGUAAGAAUCUUGUUUUAAAGGAACAAGAGGAUGAGAGUCAAUCAUCGAAGUGCAACCUUUCCGAUAAGGAAACAUACAAUGAAAAACCUUUAUCUGGUUAUCACCAAAUCCGUACAGUGAAUAAGUUCUCACAUGCUCCAGACCGGUUUAAUUUGAAACCCUAUUCAAGUUUAAAGGGCUUCGAUAAGUUGGCCAAUGUCAGUGGUAGAAACACAAACCAUUCUUCUGAAUUAGGCAUUUCUUCUCUUAUAUCUGGGGAAUUUUCUGAAGGGCAAUUUGAGGAUGCAGGAGCUGAACUUUCAAUCAUUCAAACCGUAAAAAGUGAAACUCUUCAGCCUACAGGCAGUUUGGAUGCGUUGGAAAUGGACUGUAAACCUCCUCAUUAUUUCUGUUCAGGAAGCAAGACAUCAUUGUCCAAGGAUUGGACAACUCUGGGUCCUUCUAGGCAUUCUGAUACUAUAGAGACAGUUAGUAGAGAUGAUAACGGAAAUUACGUGGCAGAUCAAAGAAUUAAGAACCCGUCUUCAUCCAGACGUUGGAGAGUAUCUCCAAAUUUGAAUGGUGGGGCUUCCUUUAGAAAUGAUGGGAAAAGAAGAAAGAUUUUCCACGAUGGGAGAACUAGUUAUAGUCGUCAAAGAUCGAAGAGGAUCUCUCCUUUGAAGAGAAGGGAUUUCUUUAAUCAAUGCCCCAUCUCUGGGUCGGAUCGAGGCUUUCAGCUUGAUGACAGAUUCAAUUCUGCUGCUGACAAGAGAGGCGAUGGUAAUAAUUAUUGUGCAGCCAUUAGAGUGGCAUCCUCAGUUACAAGUCCACAUCCACAUCCUGGGUCCAGAGACCGUAAUGUGAAGCUCCGGAUUAAAUCCUUCAAGGUUCCGGAGCUUCUUGUUGAGAUUCCUACAACCGCCACUGUUGGUUCACUGAAAAGGUCAGUCAUGGAAGCAGUGACUACUGUACUUGGAGAUGGCUUACAUGUCGGCAUCCUUCUUCAAGGAAAGAAGGUUAGAGAUGACAGUAAAACUCUACUUCAGACUGGUAUUUCUCGAGAUGGCAAGCAUUGUAAUUUGGGAUUUAUGUUGGAGCCCAGGCACGCACAAAUUAAACUACCUCGGUGCUUGGGAGAGCAGGGGAUAACAAGUCAUGCGACAUCUUUUACUCUAGAUCCGAGGACUUCUAGCAUCUCCCUUGAUCCUCCUGUGGCUGGUUGCAUCAAUGGUGCCCGAAGGGACCAUCACCUAGUUCCCUCUCUUCCCAAUAUAUCAGCUAGUACUACUCCUCUUCCGAAUUCCCAAUCUGUAGUAUCAGUCCCAGCCAUUAGUGUGGAGGCAUUGGCUGUGGUUCCAAUUCAUCACAGAGCUGGGCGUCGCGAGUUUGUCCAGCGGCGUAUCAGAAGACCCUUCUCUGUUUCAGAAGUAGAAGCAUUGGUUCAGGCAGUUGAGAAACUAGGAACCGGAAGGUGGCGUGAUGUCAAAUUAUAUGCUUUUGACAACGCAAAGCAUCGUACAUAUGUGGAUUUGAAGGAUAAGUGGAAGACAUUGGUCCAUACAGCAAGAAUCUCCCCUCAGCAAAGGAGAGGAGAACCUGUGCCACAAGAGCUUUUGGACAGGGUCCUUGCGGUCCAUGCCUAUUGGUCCCAACAGCAGGCUAAGCAGCAGCAACUAAAACCAGGUGUCUGAGGUUUGACUACAUCUCUGGUCGAUCUUGUAAAUCUGUGUAGUGAAAUCUUCUGUAAAUGAAAAUUAUGUUUAGUAAUAGUAUGCUCUCGCUUCAAAGUUGACCUGAAACCGAACCACCUGCCUUUGUUGGAUGGAGUUCGGUUACAUGAUUUGUUGAAUAAACAAAUGUAUGCUUAGAUGCUUUUGUAAUAAUAGUUUGAAUUUUAUUUUCAAACAACAUUGUACCAUUGUUUUUUGUUUUAACAGGAAAUGUUCAUGAAAGAAUACUUCAGUAAA